GAACGAUAGCGCUGUACUGUAGUGACAGUAAAAUGUAAAUUCAGUGACACCGCAAACGAAACAGUGUGACUCUGAGUUCAGAGUCAGGAGGACUGACUUUUCUCUGAAUGUGCGAAUAAGCACUUCACCCAGCUGCCAUGAGUACGAGACGAGCCAAGAUUCGCCCCAGCAUCAACCUUUCUGCCUCGCGCCGGAGCGUGACAACCCCAGCGUCGAAGGCCAAGGAUCCAACUGCCUCCAAACCCGAGGCUGCCGAACCCAAGACAGGGCUCCGGUCAUCUACCAAGCCAACCAUACCCCAACCUUCCAAACCUCAGGUAAACAGUGUGCAGCGACACCAAGAAGAACCAAAAGUGCAGACGCAGCAGCAGGAAGAACUGAAUCAUGAAAAACCAAAGCAGGCAGACAAGCAGCAACAGCAGAAGUCACUGCAGCGACAGCGAGAGAAGGACCGAGAAAAACGCCAGCAAGACGACAUUCAAGGAGAACCAGAUCCGUUGCCAUCAGAGGAGGACUCACUGGGCGCACUCACUCAACCCGCUCCAGUGUCGCCCACGAAACACCCGGCGAAACCCUCACUGAAGUCUACUCCCGAAUCCCCGCUCAAGUCGUCUGCCACCGUCCGUCGCAAGCGCAUCAAUGCCGUCCCAAACCUGGGGCAGCCACGCUUGCGGUCCGGCCCGGCCCUGCCGGUCAAAACUGCAGCCAGGGCCAGUGUGACCCCAGAGAGGGAGGUUGAAGUAGAGAGGGGAGGAGCCAGGGGGAGAGUGGGCAGAGCAGGCGGCAGUAGGCCAGAGCCAGAAGCUGGUGAGAUGGGACCUCCUUUACACCCACCUCCAGUGCAGCGAGUUAUUAGUGCUUCAGCGUCAAGCACCCCUACACCUGACAAGGAGCCAACCAGAGAGGCCCCCAAUCGCAGCGAAGAGCCAUCGCUGCCCGCAACAGUCACCUCCCAGAGCAGCCAUGCCCCUUCUUCCACAACCACGCCCCUCAGACCCACCCUUGCCCGGACCGACAGUGUCACAGAAAAGCACCCCGUGGGCUCAGAGAACAUCUACGAAAAGAAACUUCGGGAGUUGAAAGACCGUAUAGAUUCUGAGACUCCGUCCCGACGGAGACGUCACUAUGUCAAGCAGAAGGUACAACCUCCGGAACGCAGCAAGAUGACCAUGAGCGACCUGAUUUACUUCAACCCCAAGACAAGCCCCAUGAAAAAUAUUCCAGCCGGUAAAGAGAAGAAGUUUCCGCGAACCAUCAUGACAGAGAAUGUUGCCAGUGCUAAUAAUUCGGUCAAUAGCAGCGCUCAUAACUCUGAGAACGAGGAGGGUGAUGAGGAAGAAGACAUUGACCCCUUUGCUCCUCAGGUCAAGAUUGGUCCUGAUGGAUCCAUUAUACUAGAUAACACCAGUCUUGUGAAGGAUGCCUCUCCAGCCAAGAACCUUCACUUGUCGGACAGCGACGUCGUGGAGGAGGAGUUCUCUCGCACGACUUACUCCAGCUUCCGAGACAGGAAGCACACCACAGCCUGGAGUCAAAAAGACACUGAGAAGUUCUACAGAGCUCUGAGUGCUGUCGGCACAGACUUCUCAAUGAUCAAGGCGAUGUUCCCGAAGCGGACCAGACAGCAGAUCAAGAACAAGUUCAAGAGAGAAGAGCGGUUGAACCGUCAGAGACUCGACAGAGCCAUCAGAGAGAGAAAACAAUUGGAUAUGUCGCUGUUUGACAAGGAGCCGAGUUCUGACUCGGAACUAGAGAAUCAUGCGGAGAAGAAGAGUAACGAGAAGGGAAAGAGUAAAUCAACCGGCAAGAGAAGAGGCAAGGGAAGAGGCAAGAACAAGGGAAAGAUCAAAGAUGAGGACGCAGAAAAGGAUUCUGACGUGGAAUUGAUCAACGAUGAUGUGGAUGCCAAAGCCGGUGGGGAUGGGGAUUCUAAAGAUGUCAAUGCUGGUGAUGCAGAGGGAGAAAUGGCCAAGGAUGGAGCAGCCAGACAGAGCGAUGGAAGCGAGGAUGAGAUCGACAUGGAGACCAUACUCAGCCAGCCAACGCGCUCUGGCAGACAGCCCAAGGUCAAGACGACAUUCACUGUCGAGGAGCCCCAGAGGAGACGCAAAGGCCCAUACAAAAGGAGCUCCAUGGAGGACCCGAACUAUGCCUCCAGGAGACUGGAGCGACUGAACCGCGAGCGCGAAAUCAUCCUUGCCAGAAGGAAGGCCACUAAAAGCAACUUCCCACCCUACACCUCAGGUGGAGCUGUGCCGUCACCUUCCUCAGGCCCUGCGAAUCCUUCUCUCAGGCAGGUCUCUUUGGCAGGAUUAAGACAAGUGGCAGGAGAAGGCAAAAACCAGGGCAUUGAAUUACCUGGGAGCAGGGGCAUCAGCACCAUAAACACACCCAUGGGACGGUUUAUCGUCUCCGUCCCCCAGCAGCCCUCCUCCCCCAGACCCGUCGGCUCUCCUACUCCAGAGGUACCUUCAUCGGCAGCAGGUGCCGGAGUGGCUAAGAAAGUCUUGCGGACCCACAUCUUUGUCAUCUCUUCCCCAGACGGUACCCAGAACAUCAUCCAAGUCCCUGUGCAGCCUGACCCUACCUCACAGGACUCCAGCCAACCCCCAAGGAGUCCGCAACCCGCCCAGAAUCUCUCGCAGGCCGGCCCAGCAGUUCAUAAUCCCCCGACUGCCCCUCGGAUCAUUGUCAGGACUCUCAGGCCGAAUCCCCAGCAGACCGCUACAACGAUGCGCCAGGUGGUCCUGCCGUCACCCCAGCAGCUCCCAGGAUCAUCGUCAAUGAGCCAAACGGGAGACCAGGUGGCGAGUGCAUCUCCUUUGAGUGGCCCUGCGGUUAUUACGACUGCCCACAAUCAAAGAGCACAGGUGGAGAGAUCACCCCAACGGAGUCAGCAUUAUCACCUUGGAAAGCGUGGGAAUGCUGACCCACUCACAUUGCAAACACCAGGGUCUAAUAAGGUCAUCGUUAUUUCACCUCAUGCCCAGGUGCCGAGCAGAAUCUCCGAAGCUGCGGUUGAAACUACUUGCAGUUCUAACUUUGGAGAAACUCGAUCACUUGGAAAUUCCAUCAGCCCAAAAGUUAUCACUCAAACUCACCACUCUGCUGAAACAGUGCAGCACCACGAACACAAUCUGACCUCUGAAUCCCACGAGAGAGUCAGUCACAUGACCAGUAACAUGGAUACAGAUUGGCUGUUACGAGAUGAAACUGUCGGACAUGAGGUCAACAUUCCAACAAGUGACUUUGAGGAGGCGACAGAAACCGAAGAGGCUUUCAUCCCUCCCGCAUCCAACGUCGGGAGGCCACCCCUUAUGAAUAUUGGAACGGACCAAGCGGUCAUGGAUCAUGUCACUGAGGAGAAUUUGACAGCACAGGACAUUCUGGAGCAAAUGACUUACGAAGAGGGGGUUGGAGGGGACGUGGGAGCCAAUAUGGAGGUAGCUAUCAAUGAGGAGAUUAUCACGCAGAUUGCGAAUACCAUGGAGGUUGAAUAAACAACACAAACUGACGUCUAGUUCCGCCCCGCUGCAAAGAAGUAGGAAACUCUGUAUUCCAUGGUGAAUAACUUAGCACAAAUAACUGGGCAUUAGUCCCAUUAUCUACUUCAUAUAUCACCUUAGUUGGUAGUAAGCUGCUUGGCAAGCAAAAGGUGCUGUCAGAAUAAUUCUACUGUAGCUGACAUGUUCGCAGUUAGCAAUGUGCACAGCUAUGCACUGAGGCACUAUAAAACCCCCAAAUACUUUCUGAUGGGGCCCCUUUAGUGCAUGUUCAGCAGCAUGCCAAAGUCUCAGGUAGAUAGGUCUCUCUUGUAGGGAGGUGCUUGUGCAAGUACUUUUUGUGCACAUUCAUUUGAAAAUCGCUGUCAUACAUGUAGUUUGAUAACGAUGAGACAUUCCUGUACUUUCUAUUGUAUUCUAGAUAUUUAAGGCCCCGAGGGCCUUUCUGUCUUGCCAGUAGCUCUCAAGAUUAAUGAUUCUGUUGUUCCAGUCUUUAGACCAAAUAUAGUUGUCCACUGACUUGCAUUGCGAACGUAUGACUGUCGAUAAUGAUAUUUUGACUUCAGUAAAAACCGUUAACAAUUCCUAGAAUAACUGUAUUGCUUCCCAAUGAUAGAUUAAAGUUAUUUCAAGUCAAAUCUGAAGCUUUAACAUUGUGGAUCUAAAGGUAGAGGUUACAAAGGUUGCAGGAUCCCCACAGAAUGUAGAGAAGGUCUUGGUCUUAAAAAUCAGCCUUGUUACUUUUAUCCAUGCACAUGCGGUUUGAUGCAACAAGCAAAUUAAGUUCAGUGCAUACUUACGUUGAAAAGCACAGAAUUGUGCAGAGAGACCUAAUUAUAGUUAUAGUCAGUUAUACUUUGAUUAAUUUUUGGACACGUUUGACACGACUUACAUUUCUCUGCACUGAAAGUAAUCUUCAUUCAACUUGAAUUCACAAUGCACUCCUCCCAUAACGGAUGAUCUGUAGGUGAAUGUUCCCCACAAAAUGCAUUUAUUUUGUACGUAUUUAGUCGAGCUGACUAUGAACUUGAGUAGUAUUACUUUUAGAAGGCUUUAUUUUGAAGUGGUCAGACUUUGUAUUUUAUUUUGUUGACCGCUGAAAAGAGUGAAAUAUUUGCUUGUUUUUAGUACAGUCUGCAGAUUAUAAUUGCGCAACAUUUUUCUUUGGCUAACUAUAUCUGAAGAAUAAAUCUAAGGUUGAAUUUAUCUGAGAAAACAGAAUUAGUGACAAGGAUUUUGUUAGUAAAAGUGUAUGUUUGUUUUGGCAGA